AGCCGGCGCUCCCACUGAGCAGAGAAACAGCGUCAGGCCGUCGACGGGCUUACUGCUUCACUGCCCCGCGCGAGCGAGUGAGCUGACACACUCGCCGGCUGCCGCUCACUCUGACACAUACAGACGGGCUCGCUCCCUCCCUCUCUUGGCAACGCAAAGACACACUCACACACAGUCAGUCAUCAACCCUCAUUCAACAUCUUCCCAGCCACGGGUCAGCAGCUCAGACAGGCACCUUGUUCCCGCCCAGCUGGAAAGGGCAGACCAUCGCAAGGUGCACACAUACACACACGCACGCAGACACACAUACACAGAUAUACAUGUAUCUAUAAACACAAACACACAAGCAUCAUCCUUCAGGACUUUCAGCGGGAAGGCAACCUUCACGGCGAGAAGGAGAGCGGAGCGAGAGGAACUUUCAUCAAAUGAAGAGAUGUGAAAGGAACAAGAUGACAACCGUCGGAGGAACUUUGACAAGCUUGUUGCAGUAGGAAGCUUUUUUUGAUCCACAUCUAAGGGGGGGGGGGGUCCCCUGUGAGCGGCUGCCCUCUCUCCUCAGGACUCUCGCACUGGGACGUCUCCCAGCCAUCAGCAUGCCUACAGCUUGCACCGGGGGAGUGUGACCCACCAUGUGCAGAUGGACGCCAUCCGUCGCUCACCUCCAUCCGCCUGAACCCUCCGAUGCCACGGCCAGGCGACGGCCUCCCCCGCAACCCGGCGCGGCCUCCUUCUGCCUGGCCUUGCUGCUGGCCACCACGGCCGCCGCCUCGGGGGCCUGCACUCCCGGGCUGGGACGCGAGCCCCUUAGGGUUCUGGCGGGUGGCGCUAACUGCUCGUGGACGUUGGAGAGGCAUACGAGAAGUUACAAUCACCUGGAGGGCGACGUGCGGCUACGGCGGCUUUACUCGGCCAACAAGUUCUUCCUGUGCAUUGACAAGACGGGCAAGGUGGACGGCACGCGGCGGAAAAACUACGCUGACAGUCUGAUGGAAAUCCGAUCUGUCAGUGUGGGAGUUGUUGCCAUCAAGUCUGUCAGCACCGGGCUGUACUUAGCCAUGUCCAAGAAGGGCACGCUCUUCGGAUCGGUCAAGUACAACCCAAGCUGCAAGUUCAAAGAGCGUAUCGAGGAGAACGGCUACAACACCUACGCCUCGCUACGCUGGAAGCACGGUGGCAGGCAGAUGUUCGUCUCGCUGAACGGGCGGGGGAAGCCGCGGCGAGGCCACAAGGCUAGGCGAAGACACCCGUCCACUCACUUCCUCCCCAUGCUGCCCUCCUAGCUCGCCUGACAUCGGAUACGACAAAGCGGACGUGUCACAUAUAUGUACAUUUGAUCAGAUCUGUAAUGUUUAUUUGUAGAGCUAGCUUGUGCUUUUAAGUUAUUUUCCCCAUGUUGAAAAAGACUUUGACAGUAGAGUGGUACUUUCCUCAGGCGUGUAAGUGUUUGAGUCAACUGGGUCUGUUGAACUGAAAAAAGUCAAUCCACAAAGUACGUCAGACAGCAAAGAUCACAAAGACUGCUCAGAGCUGCCUUGGAUACUGGACUACUUAAGAGACCACAAACCCAAGGCGUCUCGACAUAGGUGGACUACUAGCCGGUUUUCGAUGAGUCGUAUGUUGUGUGCAUGCACCCCUCAAGCAUUAUCACUGUGUCUCUAAUGCGUGCACCCUUCACUUGGUAAUCUCAAGUCAACUAACCCGUUUCCACAUUACAUAGAGGCUGUAGGUGCACUUGAUGUGACGUAGCAGCUACAGUUCCGUUCAUGCAUUUUGUACACUAAAUAAAUGGUUCUUGCUAACAUUUUUCUCAACAAGGCUAAUAAAACAUUUAAUAUAUUCAA